AUGAUUAGUCCUAUAAGAAUUGCAAAACUGUUAGUCGAUCGAGUAACUCAAAAUCAAGGUCCACAUCGUCGGGGAACAAAAUCAAAUCCACAUGAGGAAGAAAUCAUCAAUUCCUUACUUAAGAUGAUCGAUGAUGUUUGCAACUGCACAUCUUAUCAAAUUGAAUCGGAUACCAGUCUCGAUUAUGAUGACGAAGAAGAAUAUGGUGAUUUCGAAGAUGAAGAUACCGACUCUACUGAUGAAACUGUUCAUCCUGGCUUUGAUGAAUCCACAGUGGACGAAAAUCUGAUGAUCAAAGCGAAUUUCAAAGCUCGAGAAAAUAUUUUGCCUGUUCAUGAUAGAGAUCUAAAACGAUGGGCACUAUUAAAAGCUACUGAAGAUUCAAGUUUUUUAUUUGAAGCAUCCGAGCACUGGUUGCGAGUGUUCAAACAUCGCCAUCGUAUUUGUUCCAGAAAAAUUACGAAAUUAGUAACUCGUCAUCAUGCAGAAGAUACUGAUGCUAUUAUUGAAUCUGCAGACUCAUUUGUACGUGCUGUUAAACAACAGAUGCAGAACUAUGCACAUGAAGAUAUUUUAUAUACCAAUCAGGUAGGAUUGGAGUUGAAGCUUCACUCCAGUAGAACCUUUUCGUAUGAGGGCGAAAAAAUUACUAUGAUACGUGUGAGGUCAAAAAAUGCUACAACACAUUCUUACACAGUUCAACCAAUGAUAUCUUUAGCUGGAAAAUUUGUCGGUCCUCUCUUUCUUUGUUUGAAGGAGCCAAAAGGAAAGAUGAGUGAAAGUGAGUUGAUCUGUUUUUCUUCUUAUAUGUAACACACUGAUUUAUAUUUCAUUAGAUAUAAAAACGAAAUUAUUUCCUGCUUCGAAUGUCGUUGUAACAUGCAGCUCUUUAGGAAAACUUACUAGUUCAUUAGUUGAAUAUUGGACAGAUCAUGUACUUCGUACGUCUGUACAAUCACAAUUUCUCUUACUGUCGGACUAUUGGCCUGGCCAAAGAAAUAUAGAUAUAUAUUCUGCUAUCAAAGGAUAUAAAAGGCUAGAAAUCCCUGCUCAUACUACAUCACGUAUUCAACCGUUUGAUGUUUUCUUUAAUAGACAGUGGAAAUUGAUUACUCGACGUCUUUUCAAUUAUGUUCAACUCGAUGAUAUUGCGAUUAAUUUGUCUGAAAGAAAUAAUAUAAUUCGUUUAAAUUCUCUCAUUCACAAUCAGUUAUCCUCACAUCUGUUCGCGCCUAUGAUAAAAUACGCAUGGUUUGCAUCAGGCUACAUAGACCAACAUCCGGGACCUUUUCAGACUGUCAAUGAUAUUUGCUUCGAUAUCGGCAGUAACUUCUGCGAACAGUCGAGCUGUAACUCACUCUCAUUUAUUUAAUGCAGCCAAUAUCGUAAAUUUCUUUGCUUUGAGCACUUUUUUGAAGCUUACCAUUUUCAUAAUUAAGCGCUUGACCUCUAUCUAUUGGAUUAAAUAACAUCGAAUAUAAUCCAUCGCAUAAAAUAAAACUACUAUCACGCUACUAUGAUUCAUGAUAAGAUAAAUGAAAUCUCAUAAGAGAUAGCUUUCUCAAAAAUAUUUAAAUUUUUAAUUCGUUUUUCUUUGCGAUUUCCUGUGGUGGUAUACAGUGAAAAUCAUUCUACUACGAGAAACUUGAAAAUUCGAUAUCUCGUGAUAGAAAAGCCAUGGGCCCAAAUCCUUUGGGAUUUAUCCUAGUCUAGAGGUCUUCUAUAUGUGCCAUAAAUAUGAGCUAAAACGGGAUGAAUCAUCUUGUGCGGUUCCCUCGUUAGUCUUUCUCAAAUUAAUAAAUAUUAUUGGCUGAUAUUUUGAUUUUUACCUGUGAAAAUAUCUCAAUACAAGCUAGGUUUUAACAUUUUUGUCUUUUGCCUUAUUCAAUCAUAAAUUAAAUAAAAGUAUAUGCAGCAAAAUUUUACUUAUAAAUCAAAGAGUUCAAUCAAUUUAAACGAUAUCUAGUUAAAUCGAAAACGAUUCCAAUUCACUAAUCAAAUUUAAUUUUUCAAAAGUAGUGUGUCUUAUUCUACAUGAAUCUUUCAUUAUUUUAUAGAGGUAAAAACUUGGAAGUAAAUACAUAAUUCAGACUCCAGAAUGAUAAUUACUAGAUUUUCAAGCAAAAACAACUGUUCUUCAAAGAAAUAUCGUUUGUAAAUUAUAAUGGGUAUUAAAGAGUGUGGGUGGUUGGGUGUGGAUGUGGAUGGGUGAGUGUGGGUGAGUGGAUGUGGGUGUGGACGGGUGGGUAUGGGUGUGGGCGUGGGUGUGGGUGGGUUUCAGGAAUAAGAAUGCCCACACCCACAACCACCUACACCCGCACCCACACCCUACACCCACACCCACAGUAUCAUUAUUAGUAUUUCUUGAGCGUGUGUGUGAGUGUGAGUGUGGGGUGGGUGUGGGGUGUGGGUGUGGUGUAGGUGUCGGUGUGGGUGUGUUGGUGUGGACGUGAAUGUGGGUGUGAGUGUGGCUCU